CGCACAACCUUCGGUCUCGGCCAAUGUCCACCAAAGGGUGGCCCCUCGCCCCCAACGUUCCAGUUAUUCUCCAGCAGAAGACUUGGAAGUUGGAACGCCUCCUCUAACCCCCAGACGAGCUUACGACUGCUUUAUUGCGAAAAGUGGCCCCCCCCCGGAACACCGUGAAGAAAAGCCCUGAUGGCUCAUGCGCCGAGACCUGCUAUCGGUCGUAAAUUGCCGUGUCUCUGGUCUUGGCUACGAGACCUCCAGUGUCGAUGUCAUGCCGCUCGCGCAUCGCACAUCGACAUCUGUCUCCGUCCACGCUAGCAAAUCGCCCCUGCAUUGCAGUGCCGGCGGAGAGGAUGAGGACCAGGGGCUGCGGGCGGGGAGGACAUGAUGUGAUGGGCGGCGCGCCGCGGCGGGGACUGGAACUCCGCCUAUGCUCUUGGUUCUCUCUUCUUUUCUUGGGAGGGUUUGGAGGACGUCCGAAGCGCCAUGAUCCGGGGUGGCAGAUAAGAACCAUUGGGGCAGGAGGCGUCAAGCGACGAAAUGUGAGCGGCCAGAGAUAACUGGAUUUGGUUUUGAUUGAGCGACUCUCUAUGUUCUUGACGUACACAACCUAGGAGGCUUGCAUAUCUGGGGCAGAUGGGCGAGUGUCCAAUGGCCAAUGUCUAGUCUCAUCGCCAUCUUGUGGGAGAUUUGAUUCCCCUUCCAUUUCUGUAUUUACCUCCCCCUUGUAUAAUUAUUCAUCGUACCGAUACCUAUGCAUAUCCACGAGUUUGUCGCCCCUUUUCACGCGAAUAUUCAAGUUCCGGCUUCUGUUGAUUCUCCUUCCCUCCCCAGUUCUUUGGACAGCCCCCUGUUUCUCGCAUUGUUUCUCCCUACUCUCACCUCUUGAUCAUCUCAUAUAAGUGUGAAACCCCUGCCCCGGUCCGCCGAAUGGAUCCGAUGUUUCUUAGAGCAACAAGACAAGGUAGCUAGGCUCUGCUGCUUCGUGCGGACUCACCGCCGGAGGCUCUCGUUUUGGUCCCAUCCUCUUUCGCCAUGCCCGUCACAGCUCUCCUCCAUCGUUCCCUUCUUCUCUCUUCCGUCGGUUGUUAUUCGUCCUCGUCUCGAGCCGACGUGCUCCUCUGCGUUUCAUCCCUUGGUUUGCCACCGAUCCCUCUGGGUUGUUGGACGGCCGUGCAUCAUCACCGACACUUUGCACAGUCGGGACAUGAGCACGCGCGCGCACACACACACUCACACAUAGACACCACACCACAAGUCAAACAUCAAGAUACUUCGCAAGGGCAGCGGUCUGAUCACCAGUGCUGUGCACAGACGAAGCGCUAUUUUGGCUCCUGCGGCUCUUGUUGGUCUUGACAUCUGCACCUCGGUUUCUUUUUGGCUUCCUGCGGGUGGUGCCCUAUUUGCCCGUCUCGCCCUCCAGCUGCGUGCCCCUUUUUGCCCUGGUGUCAAACCCCAAGACAGGCGGGAACAAACGAACGAGCAUACUUUCUACUUUAAACAGAGUUAUACUCGAGAGCUGCCCAAGCUGUAUAAACCUGGAGUUCAAACCCUAAAAUUGCCCAUUUCGAAAAGAAGCUAUUAGCUCACACACGUCAUUUCUAUCUGGUGUGCUUAUCCAGUCAGCAUAAACACAUACAAACACACACACACACACCUGAGAGAUACAGAGAGAGAAACCGCUGCUGCAUAUUCCAUUUUGCACAGGUACAUCUCACACGCUUGACGGCAUCAUCUCUGCAGCGUACCUGCUUUCAUGGGACAUCCCUUAUCAAACCCGUCAUAGCUACCAGUCACACUCGGGACCAUUCGAUUAUGGCAUCCUGAAACAGACCCUCUUCUACCCACACUGCUGACGCUCUUUCUCGACUUACCUGGUUCUGGACCAUUUCUGCUUGCCUAAAGAGCUUGCUCUCUUGGUGAGAGCCGCCUUCUCGUCCCUCUUUCCCCAAAAGCCCCACGCAUAUAUGUCUUUGCAGCUGCCGUCUGCCCAUCAGUACAACCUUACUCUGUUAUGCGCUGAAGCUCGUUCCGAUCUCAGCCCAGUCGGACCCUUUCUUUUUGGGGGUUGCUUUUUCACAUAUGUAUACUGUAUGCGAAUACAGAUAUACCUAGGUACAUACCUAUUCCGUCUGCCAUCUAUCCGUUUCUCCACAGCCCUUUCCCUUGCCCGGCCCACGCUCUUUUACUGCUACGCUGAGGAAUCCCGGGUCCUGCAUCAAAGGUCCUGCUUUAAGCCCACAUCAAGAUCCAGGUCCAGGUCAGGGUCACGGGCUCGUUGACCAGACGAGACCAGACACGCACACGUCCACACAGCACAAGCACCAGCAACGUACAUACAUCAUCCACCCCCGGGAAACAUCCUUCCUCCUUCACAGACAGGGCCUGUGUCUUUCCCAAUUCCAUUUACCUUCCCUCGCUAGCUUCCACUUCUACUUCCACUCUCCUUUUAGCCCCUCCCGUCUGCAGAUCCGGAUCGUCUGAUGAACAAGGGCCCUUCCCGUUCAAAAACACCACCCUCCCUCCUCCGCGCCUCCCCAUCCUUUUCUACUUGACUCUGUUUGGCCUUGUGUCUCUCCAAGCCGCGCUUGCUAUUUGUACCGUCCGGCCUUGAGAGAGUCCUUCCCCCCUUUAUAUCCUCCUUCCCUCAACCAAAACACUCCGGUUCCAUUGCAGGACAAUGAACGGACACGCUGCCUCGAAGGUGUCCAUGUCACACGAAGAGGGCAUGGGGCUCCUGGACGAGAAGACAUUGUCCGACGUUGAGAGCGAGAGCGGUAGGGUCGACCUCGAAGCCCGCUUCGCGAUACCACCAUGGUCCACCGUCGCUCGGGGUGCCGUUGGCUACGUCCGCGCCGUACCAUGGCGUAUCACGGCCAUCCGUGGCCUCAUUUUCUUGCUCCCCAGUUUCGUCCAGAACCGAUUCACGAGAGAACGGUGCCGGUCCGAAAAGCUGUUCCCGACAUCACAUCUCGACGGCAUGCGUGGACUUGCCGCCCUCUUUGUCUUCUUCUGUCAUUACUUUUACCAGGCCUUCAUCAUUGCCGAGGGAUGGGGUUCAUCAGAGAAGAACUACCACGUCCUCAAGAUGCCUUUUCUACGCUUGUUCUACCAGGGUCCGCCAGCAGUGUGCCUAUUCUUCGUCAUUUCUGGCUAUGCCUUGUCCAUGAAACCGAUCAAGCUUGCACGUGCCGGAAACUUUGAAGACUUCUCGGCGACGACGACGUCGCUGAUCUUCCGCCGCUUCAUCAGACUGUAUAUGCCGACCGCCAUCUCGACCUUUGGCAUCAUGAUGCUGUUACAACUGGGCGUUUACGAGUGGACCAGAGACUUCGCCACCGAUCGGACGUAUCACAAGAACGUCAUGGAGCCUCACCCGAAGCCGCUGGACACCUUUUCAGAGCAGCUGACGGACUGGAUGUGGAGCAUGUUCAACUUUGUUCACGUGUUUGGCUGGGAGAAGUUUGGUGGAAGCACAUCCUACGAUGUUCACCUGUGGACCAUCCCAGUCGAGUUCCGCUGCUCGAUGUACCUGUUUGUCACCCUGAUUGGGUUGGCUCGCGUUCGAACCCGACUUCGCUUCCUCUUCCUCUGGGCAAUCAUCGCAUUCACCUACCGCAACAAUCGUUGGGAGCUGCUGCUUUUCUAUUUUGGCAUGAUGCUUGCGGAAUACGACCAGAUCAUGGGCAACAACACCCCCGUCGGCGGGUCUGUUCUGCCAGCGAAUGAGGCCCAACCGAUCAGGAACCGAUUCAAGGGCUUCUGCUGGGCGAUGCUCAGCAUUCUGUCCAUCUACUUCAUGUGCCAACCGGACAUCAACUACGAGAUCACACCCGGCUGGGUCUGGCUUUGCUCCUUCAUUCCCAAGUGGUGGGACGCGGAAGGCUAUCGAUUCUGGCAAUCCAUCGGUGCUGUCAUCUUCGUACUCUGCGUCGGCCACUCUCCAAGGUGGAAGAGCUUCUUCAACCUCGCUCCCAUCCAGUAUCUCGGCAAGAUCAGCUACGCUCUCUACCUAAUGCACGGCCCGGUGAUGCACACCGUCGGCUACGUGAUUGAGAGACGGGCCUAUGCCAUCACUGGCGUCGAAGGGUGGUGGUAUAACGCGGGCUUCGUGCUGGGAUCCAUGGGGUGCAUUCCCGCCGUGAUCUGGGCGGCCGACGUCUUCUGGAGACUUUUCGACAUCCCGACGGUGCGGUUUGCAAAGUGGGUUGAGACGAAGUGCUCUAUCAAACAACAAUAAUAGGAAACGGGAUAGUGCGUACGCGUCACGGCCACAGUUGCUGUGGCCGAGACAGUUUUGCAGUGGAGCUGGGAUUUCAGAAAGUCGUUAUGGAAACCGACUAAUAAUAGCAUGACACGGCGUUUUAUAUCACGGCAUCAUUACAAUAUACCUGGCGUCGCUUUUUAUGAGGAUGGGGAUUGUCGCACCUUGAGUAGAGCGACAUCAAAGGUGGCAUCCCAGCAAAUUGCAUCUCAGGAUCAGAGAAAUCAACUGAACAAAGUACAGAAUCGUGCACACAUGGAAAGGAAAUGAUAUAGAUGGGGGUAGGGGGGUUACCAUAGAUGAGAUAGAAAGGAAUAUUCUCAGAGUAUCAUCCUGACUCGAUUUCAAUUUCUGCGCUGUCGAGCCUCUUGAACUUUCUGUUGAAUUUGAUGGGAAUUUUUUUUUGAAACCAUUCGAAUUUGAGAAUUUGAAUUUGCAUUGGCGGCGUUCGUCUC